AUGUUUUUUUCUGCACCACUCUCGAUUCUCAGUUCGCUAUCAUUUUUAUAUAACUCCUCCUCAAAACAAAAAUCCACUUCAUCAAAACAAAAACCCAUUUCAUCAGAACAAAAACCUACUUUGUCAGAAAAACCUAUCCUAUCAGAACAAAAAUCCGUCUCCUCUUUCUUUUCCAAGAAUUUUUUCAGGAUCAAUUCUACCUCUGUAAAGUCGCGCAAAAUAUUUAAUAAUUAUAUCGCUUUUGGUAAUUCCUUCUCUGAUACCGGAAAUAGUUACAAAUUGACAAAUAAAGUAUGGCCAAAUGAUGUAAACUAUAAAGGCCAUUUUAGUAAUGGUAAAGUUUGGACUGAAUAUCUUGCUGAACUACUCAAUAUCAA